AAUACUUCUCCUCAGUCUCCUACUGCCACUGCACUGCUUGAGACCCCUAUAACAUUGGAUUUUGAUCCUAUGAGUUUUCAAUUCAAAGAAGAUUCCCCACUAACCUCUCCUGAUAGUGGCCCUGAUAUUGGUGAGAUGUCGAGUCCUUCACAAAAUGCCGAUGUUGUUGAAUUUUUUGAUCCCUUUUGUCCCGUGAAAGAGGAGAGCCCUACAGACUAUUACCCAAAUGUCAUGUUAGGUCAAGCAACUUUGGCUGAGCCUCCAUUAGACACUUUAUCUGAGCAACAGUAUUCUAAUGUCUUUCCAAUAUAUGAUGAUGUUCAUGAUGACACUGUUGUAAAUGAUUCAUACCAGGAUGAUAUAUGUGAAGUCAUGUCUGAAAUUAGGAAUGAGGCUGAUGACAUUUGUGAAAUGUCUUCUGAAAUUAGGGAUGAGGAUGUCUGCGAAAUGUCUUCAGAAAUUAGGAAUGAGGAAGAGGAUGUUUAUGAAAUAUCCUCGGAAAUUAAACAGGAGGAGGAUAAUAUUUGUGAAGUAUCCUUAGUAAUAACAGAUAAUGAUAAUGAAGGGGCUAACAGAUCUGAUGCUUUUGAAAAAUCGGAGGAACUGCUUGCUGAUGUUUAUCCGAGCUCAGACUUUCCUACUGUUGCUAGUUCUAAAUCUGAAACAUCUGCUGAUGUAGAACUUAUAACAGAAUUAGAGCAGACACAAAGCGAAGAGGCUUGUGUCUCCUCGAUCACUGAACAAGAGUUUGAUGAUAACAAGCAUGAUACUAAUUCCCAGCAUGAGCAAUAUCCAAUUUCUGAUGAAGAUAUUUCUCGGAGAGGUCGAACAAGCUCUUCAUCUUCACAUUCAUCAAGGAGUGAGAAAAGUGAGAAAAAAUCUGUAUAUAAAUCUUCGGAAUCUAGUUAUAAAGAGGAUACUAAAAUAAAUACCACUUCUGUUAAAAAAGAAGAAACAAAGAAAACAGAGCUGCACUCUAAAAAAGGAACAGUAGUGCAAAAUGAAAUAAAUGGUUAUUCUUCACAUAAUGGAAUUGAUAAUUUAAUAUCCGUAAAGAAUAAUAUGAAUUUGGACCACGAGCGGAGAACUUCCGAAAAAGAAAAGUUUUCAGAUCACCAAACAUCAGUGACAGAUUUGAUGUCAACGUAUGUCUCUUUAACUGCUCAAGAAAGUCAACCUUUAUCAACUAAAGAAAUAAUCUCUACUGGAAUUGAUAUAAAGUCACUGAAAUCGACCUUCAUUAAAGCCAGAGAAGAAUACAAGUAUAAAGAAAGUGAAAAUAUAGAAACUGGCAUUUCUGUCAAAAUUUUGAAGUCAAGUUUUACUAAAACCUCUGAUGAAACACAGCAGAGUGUAUUACUAGAAGAAGUUAAACCAUCUGUUGACAGAGUUAAAGUUCAACGGACAUUUAGUCAGAGUGGUCAAGACGAGCUCUGUUUAUGCAAGAUAUGUGGGAAACAUGUUUACCAAAUGGAAAAAAUGAAGGCAGAGAAGAGUAUAUUUCAUAAGAAUUGUUUCCGAUGUAAAGAAUGCAAUAAACUGUUGAAUGUUGAUUCUUAUUCAUCAAAUGAGGGAGACAUUUACUGUAAACCUCAUUUCCGUCAACUUUUUCAACCAAAAGCAAGAUUCGAUGGAGAGGAUGCUGCCCCAACUGAAAUACAGAGUGAAGAAGGGAAGCAGCGGCGUAAUGAGAUGAUUAUACGGGAAAAUACUCCUGCUGAACUACCUCCAGAUGUUGUGCGAUCUGAUUCUAAACCGGAUCAUGGCCUUGAAAAUAUUCCUGUGAACCUUAGCAGUAUCAAAUCCAAAUUUGAGGCCUACCGUGAAGAGCAUCACCUCCCCUCAACUACUGAUGUGUGUACCUUACAGAGAUCUGCUAGUGUGAUGGCUAGACUGGCAAAGUAUCAGUCUGCUGUCUCUGGCGGAGAUAAUGAAAAUGGAGAAAUAUCAGAGUCUGACAAUGACGACGAAUGCAGUGAAGAUCCAACAAUAAUCAAACCUAGCAAGCACAAAGAAAAGGUAGUUUUCAGUGGAAUGUCAAAUUUAAAAUCUCAAUGGGAAACAGGUUCUGUUACUGCAACAAAAGAAGAGAGGAUUGAAGAAAAGAAAGAAGAGUUAAACAAAUUACGACAGCGUAUUUGCCUUGGUAGAUCAGAAUCAAUGAAAGCUGUAUAUGAGAAGGCUUGCCAAGAUACCUCCAAAGCAACUGUAACAAGGCCUGAACCUGCUGAUCUUCCACGUGAAAUCAAGGCUACGCAAAUAAAAGAAAGAUUUGAAAAGGGUGAGCUUGUAAGUGAAGUUGAAGAAGAAAAUUUAGAGAAGGUUCGAAAAGAGAAGGAAGAAGAUUUGAGUGUUUUCACUGAACCAGGUAUAGCUAAUGAUGCCAAAAAACUGUUUAAACAGAUUGAUGCUACUGUUAAAACAACUACGAUUUUAUCAAAAUCUCCAAGUAAAUCUCCUCUAAGUGAACGCCAAACAUUUUUUCAUUCACCCACUAGAGAUGCACAUGAUGUUGUUAAAUGUAGUGAACCAACUGAAAAAGAGGAAAUUGUUGUCGAUACUACAGAUGUAACACAAAGAUUUAAAUUUUUUGAGAAUUACUCAGAAUCGCCUAAAGAAAGGAAGAGGUUCCAAAUCACCCCACCUAGGGAGCCUGCCAAGGAAGAUACUCCUGACAGAGAAAUUCCUCAUGAUCCUAAUGUAGUUCGUGCAGUUGAUACAGUUGAUGAUAUUCCUGCAACUGAUACUGCCCGAAGAAUGUUAGAUAAGUUUAAGGCUCUAGAAAAAGAGACUCCAUCUGUUCCUGCUGGUCCAAAACCACUGAAGCGAAUUACACCUCCUCGAGAAUAUACAAAAGUUGAUGACAGUCAUGAUUCAUCACCAGAACCUGAAAGAGAUCCUAAUAUUGUCCGUUCCAGUUAUAAAGUAGAUGAUGAUAUUAUUGUUGAAGCUGAUAAAGCUAAGAGCCUGAGAGCAAAAUUUGAAAAUUGGGACACUGAAUUGAGAGAAAGUAAGAGGAAUGAGGAGGAUGAAGAAGAGGAUUUCCUUCCGCAAGUGGAUACUACAAAAACCUUAAGAGCAAAAUUUGAAGCCAUUAAAGAAGAAACUUUAAAACCUGUUGAAAAACCAAAGCCAAAAGUUAAUCGAUUUGUUCAAGAACAGAGUGUGACUAAUAUGGACUUAUGUAGCAUCUGUGGGAAAAAAGUUUAUCCAAUGGAAAAGAUGGAAACAAGUGGCAUGAGGCUUCAUAAAAAUUGUUUCCGAUGUGCCCAUUGCUGUUGUAUGUUAAGGUUAGAAAAUUAUACCAAAAGUGGAAGAAGGCUAUAUUGUACUCCACAUUUUAAGCAACUUUUUAUAUCAAGGGGUAAUUAUGACGAAGGAUUUGGCCGUGAACAACAUAAAGAAAAGUGGAAUCGUAGUUGUAAUAACACUCCUAUACCACGAGACUUGAGAGAGAAUGAUGAUGUGGAAUAUUCAAAUGGAGAUGUUCAGUGUUUGGAGCAGACAGUAUAGUUUGUUGGUGUACAAAUUAUUCAUUAUAAAAGGUUGAAAAACUGUUCAUCAUACAAAAUUCUUAUUUGAAAUAAGAAAAAAAAAAAAAAAUACAUAUAUAAGCAUCUUUGGACUAAGCAUUUUAUACUGCUGUUUGAUUGUGGUUUUUAGCUUUAAUGUGCAUGAAACUUUCACGUAUAUAUUGCCUGUUUAUUUUGGUCCUCGUCAGUGCAAUUAUUUUGUAAAUUCUUUUAUACUGAGUUAUGCUCCUGAUUAUUUUUGCACUAUGAAUAGUUGCAUGUAGUACUAAUUUAUGUUACUAGGCUUAUCCAUUUUUGAUGUGUUUAUUUUUUCAGUGGAACACCUGAAAAAAUUCCUUUGUAUUUAUACUGUGUAAAAUAAAAUUUGUGAUGUGACUGGGAAAUUCCUUGAUGGAACUAGCAUCAUCAUAUUCUUUUUUCAUAAAUGAAAAAUAUGCACAUCUUGUUGCUGCUGUUGUACUUACAUUUUUUGUAUGCUUUGUACAGCUUGAUUUUUUUAAAUUUUUAUAACUGUGCAUGGAAUCAAUUUUUGUGCCCACUAUUCUCAUUUUGUAGAUGUAUGUGUGUGAUGUCAUUCUAAUUAUCUUGAAUUUUGAGAAACAUGGUGCUUGAUGUUAAAAUUUUUUUUUAAUCUUGUAUAUCAGUAUUUUUCAUGUGAAUGCAAGAAAGAAUACGAGUACAUUUUUUAAAUGGUUUUGCAAAACCUAUUUGAUCCACAAUUUUUUCACUUUUACAUUAUUUUAAGUAUAAAUAUUUAAUUAUUUACAUAAAAAGUUUAAAGAGAAAAAGGUUGUAGCAGGAUAAAUUUAUGGUAGACCAACAAUUAGACUUUCUGCAACUUAAAUUAAAAAGUUAUAUAUAUAUAUACAUUAAUCUCCAUGUGCUGCCUCAUUUAAUGGAAAAAAUGUUGUUCUUUUAUUUCUCAUUUGCUUAUUGUUUUACACAACUGUAUAAAGUGUUUAUUUUUGGGUUGUAAUAUAAUUAUUGCAGAGAGUAAUCUUUUUCAAAUGACAUCAGAAUUUGUAUUAACUCUUUUCAUUAAGGUAUGCAGUAUCCAUUAACAUGCUGCUGUCAUUUUGAAAUUUUUUAUUGGUAUCACAAUUUUUAUAAAUGAUAUACUUUUGGCAUUAAGUUUCAACUUGUGAAAUGUGGCGUUCUUUUAACGCUAAUUGCAACUGACUGGAAGAGUCAAGUUUAUUGCUGCUGAUAGAACAGUUUUGCUACUUUCUGGACUUAAAACCAAAACAAGAAGGGUGAAGAAUAAAAUGCACAUGUGCCAGUCAUCAUGUUUUUGUAAAAUCAGUAAAGAAUUUUAUUUAUCAGCAUUUAUUUCUAGUCCGUUUUGCAUUCUUAGCACAAAUUACAGGAUGGUUAUAAUUUAAGUGUGAAGCUUGUUUUGGUUGACAUAUUUUGCUGAAAUUUGAUAUAUAUGUUAUAUGAACCAUGCAGAAAACUGCAUUAACAAAUAGCCUUUCGAUUUUCGACUACCAGGUGAAAAAAUGGCAUAUUAGGAACAAGAAGUGCAAAUAGCUAAAAUAAAACUAUUUAAUCACAGCAUUUUUUCAGUGUGCAUUUUGCUUGUGUUAGCCACAUGUUCAAAGCACAUUUUGACAUGUUUAAGAAUAACUCAGAGUUUCUUUGAGAAUUGCACAAACGUGGCAUGUUAUGCUUAAUUUCAGUUCAGGCAGAGUCCAUAUUCUUCAGGUGUGAGCUUUCAAAUUCCUGCUUAAACAUUCUUGUUAGUGUAAAGUAAGUUACACUAACAAGAAUACUUGUUAGUGUAAAAUCUUGCUACUGCAGGAGUUCGGAGUAAUGGGCACUCGUGAUUUCACAUUUUUUAGAGCUGUGAGGAGCAUUUUGAAAGAAAAAAAGGGCCAAGAGUAAAGUCAAGUGUAAAUUCAUACCUUACAGUUACAUGAUCAAAAUGCAGGACUGUUCAUGCACAAUACUGGAACUUGCAGUAGCUUUUAUGCAACAGUUCUGAAUAUUCAAUUCUCUAAGGUGAAAUUGUGUUGUCUGACCCCAUAAUGUUCCAAGGCCAUACAUUUCAGUUUUUGGCCAUUCAUUUGCUCGCCGAAAACUAGCAUGCAAAGUAGUGCAUUGAUACAGGUCUUGAGAGUGCAAUUUUUGCCUCAUGUGGAUCUUGCAUGGAUACCAUUUUAGAAUGGAUCAUGGAAUGUUUCAUAUCAUACACCAUCCUAGCAGUGUUCUUAACUGAAUGGGUGGGAGUAUCAAGGCUGGUUAGUGCAACCAAGCGAUAGCAAUAGCACAAAUCGUGCAAUGCAACCUUAAUACUUGCCAAAGAAUAUAUUCAUAACAGGACUGUCGGUCAGCAACCGUGACUUCUUCCAAUUUCAUCUGAGGUCUGUUUUCUUGGCAGCACUCGCAACUGCCCAAUCUCUUCAACAUAGGUUCUUUCUGCAAGCCUUUUAAACAUUGAUAUUCUGUCCGUGCAGCUAAACUAUUCCUGCAGUUCUGAUUAAACAACUUGAUUAGUAAAACUUAAGCUUUAUCCUCAAAAGGCCUGGUCAAGAAUGAUUUUACGGUAUUUACUGUAAUUUAAAAAAAUUUUGUAAUUGCAUGUCUUUUGUUUAUUCUGUGUUGCAUGAAAAGUGCCAUCUGAUUGUUGAAAUUUGAACUGUUUCAAACUCAUAUGCAGUUUUCUCUUCUCUAUGUAUCAAGUUUCAGCAAAAUACAUCAUCUACAUACAUCUGAGUUGAGUCACUUUAAUUAUAACCACCAUGUAUAAUCAUUUCAACAAAGUAUUUGAAAAUGAUGGUUACAAUAUAUACAUAUAAUGCAUUUUCAUUUUAAAAUUAAUGCAUGUUUAAAAGCUCAAGUGCUUAAUGACAAUGUACUCAGAAUUCAAGCAUGUAUGUACAUAAAGUAAGUCCGAUAAAUGGAAUUUGAUAUUAAUUUAUAAACCUCUCUCAUAAUAGUUUGAAUCAUGUUAUGAUCUUGUUUUUAUUAGUAUAUUUUUGGUAGUCUGAAGAGGCCUGAAUGUUAAUACGUUGAAAUGAAAUUUAGGAAUUCCCCAUAUCAAGUUAAUAAAUUAUGAUAAAAACUUUAACUGAUAUCAUUUGAUACCUAAUUAAAUGUAUAGUAUAUGAAGAAUUUCCUUGUUAAAGCAUUUGAAUUCUAGUUUAGAGUAUGUUGAUCAGCUAUCUUUUUGUCCUUUGUAUUUAGCUUAUUGUUUAACAAGACUUAUGUUUGAAAUUGCUACAUUACCUGUUAACUUUGGCUAUAGUAACUGCAUAAUAAAGUUAAGGAAUCUUUUAAUUCACUCAGGUAUUUGUUUGCUACUUAAAUUUCAUCAGAAGUUAAAGCUGUAUUUCUAAUGUAUUUUACAGAUGCCAUAAUAUAAUUUUAUUUGUAUUUGUGUUUCAUAUUUAGAAAAUAUAUGAAUGUUAUGUUUAUUCUCAUUUAUUUGUAACUGAUUAUUCCACAUGAAAAGAUAUUUUUGUCUUAUGAAAGUUUUGUACAUGUUAACAAGUAUGGCCAAAUGUGAAUGUUUGAGGAUCUGCAAUACAUAAAGCAGUUUAAUCUUGUUAGAAUUGCUAUCAAACAUCAAUUAAUUUGGCAUCCAUUCUUAUAAAAAGAAAUUAAAUUUCAUUUUCUUAACUGAUGUUGGAUGUAAUUAAGUAUAUUUAUGAUCUUUAUGUUAAUAUGUGCAAAAAAUAUAAAUCUAAUUCAUGUUGAUUAAAAUGUACAUGAAUGUUAAUGUAAUAUAAAAAAAAUCUAGAAUACUUCAUUACUGGUACAUGCAUUUGUAAUCUAAAUUAAAAUAGUUUAUUUAUUUCAAAAUGCUGUAAUCAUCCAUUUAUUUGCACUUGGUUUGCGUUAAAAAUGUAAAUUGUAGUUUUUAAUGUUAUGAGGAGUUUUUGUAGGUAUUAGGGUAUGAAUUACUGUCAUUGGCAGCUACUCUCAAAGCAUGAAAAUUAUGAGAAAUAACACUUUUUUGAACUUUUCAUAUUUUAACCCAUAAAAAUGAAAAGGUCUAUAAGUGUCUUAAGGGUUAAUAUAUUCAUUUGAUUUUUAUAUCAUGUAGGCUACUUUAUACCAAAUGUAAGGAUUCAUUUUGGCCACAUCUUCCUGUUUUGAAAGAUAAAUUUGUAAGUGAUGUGUGUUCUUAACUCUUUUUAUAAACAUGAAAUUCGAUAUAUCUUAAUGAAAAUUAUACCUAAAGAGUAGCAAAAUUCUCUGAGAAGUAAUCUAACUGCUUUUGCAGUAUAAAUUUGCAUUAUUUCCCAAGUAUGAUAUUGUUUAUAAAAUGGUAGUUCAUGCUAUAGAAUGAAUGAAUGUUUAUGAUUGUCAUAUUUAUAUCCUCAUAGCUUUACCUUCUACUAAUGAAAUGUUAAUUAUACCCUGAAUAUACUUGGGAAAUAUUGGGAACAUUUGUGUUUGAAUUAACCUUUUGGCCACAGAUUAAAUAUUUGCAACAGGUGCUUCUGUAAUUAUGUGAUAGUCCUGUUUUCUUGUCUUCCUCUUUGUAGAAGCCAAUAUGUUAUGUAAUAUACUGUCAGCUCCAUAUAGGCACUGAUCCAAUAAAAAUAGUCAAUAUAUUUGGUUUGAAUGUUGAAUUUUCGUUAAAGAGCUGGAGCUUUUUUGUUCUAGAUAAAUGAUAUUGGCGUGCCUAUAAAGGAGAAACGUGUUUCCUUUUCCUUGUUUUUUUGUAAAAUUUUAAAUAAAUGUAAAUUAUAAAGUAUUCUGUAUCUUACAUUUAUAUUUGCUUGGCUGAAAAUAAAACGUGUACAGUGAA